GCGGUGGCGGUCGAGAUUCGCCACGAAGGCAAGACGUACAAUCUGGAGGUGGCGGACGGGGACAACAUCCUGGACGUCGCGCUCGACGCUGGGAUCGAUCUGCGGUACGAUUGCAAGAUGGGCGUGUGCAUGAUGUGCCCGGCCAAGGUUGUCGCGGGGGCGAUCGACCAGUCGGGGUCGAUGCUGAGCGACGACGUCGAGGAGAAGGGCUACGCGCUCCUCUGCUGCGCCGUGCCGCAGGGCGAAGACGUGGUGAUUCAGACCGUGAGCGAGGAUGAGUUGCUCGAGGAGCAAUUGUGCUCGAGCGAUUAG